CUUGCCUUUAGAGGACGAGGUUGACAGAGUACACCACUUGCUAUUAGUGAGAAGCGGCUGAGACAAAACAAUUCUCAAACCCAAGAGACACCAUGGCCCGCCGUGUAGCAGUGAUUGGGGCAGGAGCCUCAGGAUUGACCAGUAUCAAGUGCUGCCUGGAUGAGGGGCUGGAGCCCGUCUGCUUUGAGAGCAGCGAUGACAUUGGGGGACUGUGGAGGUUCAAGGAUAAUCCUGAAACAGACCGGGCUAGCAUCUACCACUCUGUUAUCAUCAAUACCUCAAAGGAGAUGAUGUGUUUCAGUGAUUUUCCCAUCCCCGCUGAAUUCCCAAACUAUAUGCACAACGCCCUGAUCAUGGACUACUUCCGCAUGUAUGCAGAGAACUUCCAGCUCACUCCUUAUAUCCGCUUCCAGACCUAUGUCCACAGUGUCAAUCAGAGGCCUGACUUCUCUCAGUCAGGGCGAUGGGAGCUUGUGACUGAGAACAGAGAGGGACAUAAGGAGAAGCACAUCUUUGAUGCUGUGAUGGUAUGCAUAGGACACCAUGCUCUCCCCAACAUGCCCGCAAAAGACUUUCCUGGUAUAGAGACGUUUAAGGGGAAGUACUUCCACAGUCGUGAGUACAAAACCCCAGAGGAGUGGCGAGGGAAGAGAGCGGUUGUGCUUGGGAUUGGGAACUCUGGUGGGGACAUUGCUGUGGAGCUCAGCAGAAUGACCAAGCAGCUGUUCCUCAGCACACGGCGGGGAGCAUGGAUCUUGAACCGUGUGGGAAAAGAAGGUAUUCCGGCAGAUCUUCAUUUUGACAGGGUGCUAAAGCUAGUGCGGGGAAUCCUGCCAUCCAGCCUUUUCUGCCGAUUAGGAGAGAAUAGACUGAACUCCCGCUUCAACCACAAACUCUACUCUCUGCAACCCGAACACAGACUGAUGAGCCAGCAUCCCACUUUGAAUGACGAGCUGCCCAACCGUAUUAUCUCCGGUACAGUGUGUGUGAAGCCCAACAUAAGCAAGUUCCAGGGCUCUAGUGUGGUGUUUGAGGAUGGCACUGUGGAAGAGGACAUCGACCUCGUGGUCUUUGCCACUGGCUACACCUUCUCUUUCCCUUUCCUUUCCUCAUCUGUGCUCAAUGUCACUAAAAACAAGACCUCACUUUACAAGUACAUGUACCCUCCUGCACUUGAGCACCACACAUUGGCCAUUAUUGGUCUGGUCCAGCCACUGGGUGCCAUCAUGCCCAUAUCUGAGAUGCAGGCACGCUGGGCUACACGUGUCUUCAAAGGGUUGAACAAGUUGCCAUCCAUGGAUGUCAUGUUGGAGGAUAUAAAUAUGAAGGCAGAAGCGAUGGCCAAGAGGUACGCGACUUCCCAGAGGCAUACCAUUCAAGUGGAUUACAUCACUUUCAUGGACGAGCUGGCGAAGCAGGUGGGAGUAAAGCCCAACUUCCUUGGCCUGCUGCUGCGAGACCCUCGUCUGGGUCUGAAUGUGCUGCUGGGUCCCUGCACCCCGUACCAGUAUCGGCUGUGUGGACCGGGACAGUGGGCAGGGGCUCGCCAGGCCAUCCUCACACAGUGGGAGCGGGUUGCCAAACCCAUGAAGACACGGCCUAUCGUAGAGCCUGUGCGCUCUUCCACCGGGUGGCUUUGGCUCGCUGUGUCUGGCAUUCCGCUGGCGAUUGCACUUCUCUACAUUAACCGGAACAACCCCACUUUAAUGCACGGCUAUGCCACCGUCCUGGACAGCUGGAGGAUGUACUUUUCUGUCCCUUGAUGGACUGUUGUGAUGGAUUUCUCCUCUAAAGAUGAAUUACUUACAAUCAUUUACUGAAAUAUGAGUCAAUAUACUCAUCAUGAAGAUAUGCUUGCAAUAUAGAUCAAGUUAACUAUACCAACCAAGAGCCAAAGUACAAAUUGUAAUUACAUACAGACUACAGCCAUGUUAAGUCCUGAUAAGAGAAACUACCAUAACAUAAAACUACCAUAACCUAAAUUGGUGCAAAAGGAGGGAGUGCUAUGGGGCGGUGAUUAUUACAUUGCAGGCAUUUAGCUGACACUCGUAUCCAGAGUAACCUGCAAAGCUUUUGCAUUUUCUAACACGCUAUCCAUUUAUGCAGCUGGAUAUAUAUAGAGUAUACUGGUAUUGUCAAUGGUGGCAUUGGAUGGUGCAGUGGGUAGUCCUGGGUUCGAAUCCCCGUCGGCCGGGGCCUCUCUGUGUGGAGGCCCUGCACACAGCAUAUGUACGAGUGUGGUAGCACGUGAUCUGUUUAGACCUGCCAAAGAUCCACUGGGAUCAAAACACUGUCUACAGUAAAGGUGUAUAAUGAGCAGUGCAGGCUUCCUUCUUUACAUUUGUGCACUUUUGAGCCCAGCACUGUACUAAGCUGGAUGAGCAUAUGGUUUAACAUAAAAUCAAAUAAGGCUGCCACAUAAGAGGGAACCCAGUUCUUUCUUUUUUCCCAUAAUUAUAGAUGAAGAAUGACACAUUUCCAACCAUAAUUGCUUCGAAAUGGAGCCAUGGGGAGGCACUCAAUCCUUCAGUUCCACAGUGACAUCUGCAGGUGUAUGCAAGUCAUUGCAAUAAUGCUUUGGGUGUAAGUAUACACUCUCAGAGCACUCUAUUAGGUUUUUAUUAGACUUAUUUUUUUACUUCUGCUGCUGUAGUCUAUCCACUUAGAGAGGUUUGAUGUUUUGUGUGUUCAGAGAUGCUCUUCUGCAUGCCACAGUAGUAAUGCAUGGUUAUUUGCAUUACUGUCGCCAUCCUGUCGGCUUUGACGAGUCUGGCCCUUCUCCUCUGACCUCUCAAUGUCACUUAGAUCUCAUUUAUUCGCCAUUCUGAGAUUUGGUCUGAAAAGCAGCUGCACCUCUUGACCAUGUCUACAUGAUUUUAUGCAUUUAGUUGCAUCCACAUGAUUGGCUGAUUCAAUAUUUGCAUUAACAAGCUAAUUUACAGGUCUACCUAAUAAAGUGCUCACUGAGUGUAUCCAUAUGAGCUAUAUACAAUUGUUUUACAUGCUGUACAAUUGCAAUAAAUUGAAUUACCAAACAA